AUGGCUGCUACUGGGAAGCAGCUGCUUAACAUGGCUGAAGAUUCUGUGAGAGAGAAAAGUACAGAACGACUUGAAAACAGGCUGACUAUUCAUGAUUUUAUGAGGAUGCAGGAGUUUUUUAAGGUAAGUUCUCAAGUGACCUGAAGGGCUUUAGGGUUGUUAAGAAAGAUCACCUUUCCUAUCAUCAGUGAGGUAGAAAACAAAGGGGUGGAAAGAGAGAUCAGAGCAAGGAGAGCCUAUUGGGUUGGGCAACAUGUUUCUUCCCAAGACACACAUCCCUUUGUGGACAAACUUCUGGGGACUACCUGGGGCAGGGAUGGAGGCAUAGUGGGCAGAGCAAUCCACAGGAGGCUGGUUUCUAUAUACUCUCAUACAUACUCCUCUAUUCUCCAUCCAGAUGAGUCAGAAGUAUUAGCAAAAAUUCAAGGACACAUACCCGCCAUGCAAAAGAGAAUGCAAUGAAGGGCUGGGAAGAGGGGUAUGGCUGGAGAGGGUAUAGCCCAGGCAUAGGCAAACUCAGCCCUCCAGAUGUUUUGGGACUACAACUCCCAUCAUCCCUGACCACUGGUCCUGUUAGCUAGGGAUGAUGGGAGUUGUAGUCCCAAAACAUCUGGAGGGCCGAGUUUGCCUAUGCCUAUUAUAGCCUUUAGGGGUGUCCCUCAGGCCAGAUAGAGAAGCCUGGAGGGCUGUAUUAAGCCCCAAGGCUUGUGGGUCCACACUUCUGACCUGGAGCGGUCACAACAGACUUGCAUGUUUUUGCAUUAUUUGCUGCACAUGGAGAAUGCCAUGAUUCGAUUGGGAGAUGCCCUGUACUUGCAUUACUCUUCAAGUGGUGGUUCUGGAGAUGCAAGCGGGACCUAGGGAGACUGAUCCAAUGCCAAGAAGGGCAGACCUCCUGUGCUUCUGAUAGAUGCAAAAACCAGAAAUCUACCAAUACAUUGUGAUCAUAGGUUUGUUUCAAAAGCAAGACGUACUUUGAGCCAGGGCUCGCCACGUUGUAGACCCUGAAGCUAUUUUCAGUGGCAAGGCUCAGCUCUAGAAAUGGGCAUAUAAUACUGAUAAACCACCUUGAACACAGGCAGAGUGCUAUCUCUCCAACACUUAGUGAUAUCAGAAGGCUUCCAUCUGGGAUUAAAAGGGGGGGAAACCGCCCUCCCGGUGCCCACUCCUCAGGGUCCAGCCCGUCCCUGACAGUUGGCACGUUUUAGCUCAAAAGGCCAGUUUCUUUUCAAAAGUGUAAUUAGAGAGGAGUCUGGAAAGGAAAUGGCGGUGUUAUAUUUUGUAAUCUAUAAACACACACAGGCGAAGCCCAGUGACAGCCUGUAUGAAAAUAAAUGGUUGCUUUCGAUUGUACCUUUCACACAAAAAAGGGGGAAAAAAUACGGCAUGGAUCUAUUUUCAAAGGUUGCAAAAGCCAGAGGAGCAGAACAGCCUGGAGCAAAAGCAGAAACAACCCCAAAACCUGAAAUAUGCCCCUGAGCUAGCUCUGUAGCCUCGUGUGGGAUGGCAGGUUAACGAACAGAGUGAGAGCAUCAGUCUCAGAGUGGAGCUGGUCCAGCUGCUCUGAAUUGUUAGGCCCAGAAGGCCCACAGGUGCCAUUUGCUCUCAAACUAUCCUCAGAGGAAGCUUUUACAGCCCGUGGAAUUAAAAGGCAGUGAUGCUGUUGUUCUGCUGUCACUCAGUAAUGGGUCUCUGAGCAGUCCAAGUGCAAAUGAUGGGAUUAUGCUUUUUCGCUGGCUUUGCCUCGUCUGAUUCUGGCAACCGGCUAAAAGGAUAAAAUGUUGGCUCGGCCUGUAAAGCAGAAGGGGGAGGGAUGGGCUCCCCACCUUUCUGCAUAGGGCUGCAUUUACUUAGAGGUUGCAUCCUGGUGGAGCACCCCAUUCUCUCUUUCUCUCUCUCUCUCUCUCUGACUCUAUUUUCUCACUUUCUUCUAUCCUUUACUACCAGUUUCUCCUUUCCACCUGUAUGAAAUUAAGGUUGCAUUCAUGUGGCCGUUUACACCACUUCCCUGAUGUUUCUGUUAAUUUCCUCACGAUAUCUGAGUUUUCAUACAACAGAAAAGCCACUUCCAGGAAAAUGAUGGAACAUAGCACGUGUUUAGCACUCGUUUCCAUGUUAUUUGAUUCCAGCAGACUCCUUAACCUGGAAAACUGUGUGAGUAAAGUGACAAAAAUUGGGGUGCAAUACUGGCUUUCACGGCGGAACAAAAUAAUAAUAAUAAUUUAUUACUUAUACCCCAGCCGCUCUGGGCAGCUUCCAAGAGAAUAUUAGAAAAAUAGCGAAACAUCAGAUGUUAAAAACUUCCCAAUACAGGGCUGUGUGGCGUUUGCCUCCUAGGUGGGUCAUAUGGAAAGGGUUAAAUGAGUGUGAUGUGAUUGGCCAGAGAGAAACUGAUAGGAGGAGUUAGAGUUAGAGUCGGUGUUGUGUGGAAGUCAGUUGAGAGUUGGGAGUUGAAGAAGGAAGAGGGAGGAUAAGUCUGUGGGUUGGUUGAGUUGUGAUGUGAGGGAGUGAGAGGAAUUGUUUUUUUAAAAAAAAAAAUAUUUAUUAAAAGUUUCAGAAUUACAGAAAAAAAAAGAAAAAAUAGGAAACAACACUACAGUACAUAAAAAAGAAGAAAAAAGAAAACAAAGCAUAAAAACCAAUACAACAAUACAGCAAAAAAAUAAAAAAGAACAAAAAAAAGACAAAUCCCAUGUUACAUAUCUUUAACUUCCAUUUGCUUGUUUCAUUGACGUCCUCACACCUCCCUUUUUGUAUUCUAGUUUAAUUAGUUAUUUCAGCAAAUUCUUUCCAUCUUUCUCAAUUUUUAUUGAAUAAUUUAUCUUAACAAUUUAACCUAUUAAUUAAUUCAACAAAUCCUUUCCAUCUUUCCCCAUAUUCUGUUAUUCAAAUUACCUUAAUUUAUUUAACCUUAUCUUACCAUAAAAUACCUUAGAGCUUGAAACUUAAUACUCAAUUAUACAUAACUCCUUAUAUCAUUUCUACUAAAGCCAUAUAGUUUCAUUCCAACAUUUUCCCUAAUAUUCAUUAAUUUUAGGCUAAUUCCCUAAAUAAAAUUUUUUCUUUAUAAAUUUUCUUCCAAUCUUCAUCCAGCGUCUCUUCUUCCUGGUCUCGGGUCAUGUCAGUCCUUACUGUCCAUUCCAUCUAGUCCAUCAACCCGGUAAUCUUAUAUCCGAGGCUCUUAAGUCUCUUCCAUGUCCCUUCUGCAGAUCUUCUUCUUGUUUAUACCUGCACUUUUCCUUGUCUUUUGUUGGUCUCUUUCUUAAUUUCUUUCCUUUCUCAUUGAGGAGUAGGUCUCUGGGAAGUUCCAGCCUAAGAUUAUCUCCAUCUCCCUUCAUCAAACCAGCCCAUUCCCCACAGUCCCACUCCCCACAGUCAUCAAUGUAAUCCAAAAAAUAUUUAAGAGCAUAUUUCAAAGUCCCUCCGAGUUAAGAACCUCCUGAGCUCCAGACUCCCCCUGGCCCACUCCAACUUCAAUCUUCAAAGACAGCGGCUUAUGCUCCUGCAGGGCCUCGGAUCUCUCCAUUUGUAUUAUUUGAGGUGCAACCGCAACCUCCUCCAUUAUCUUCUGCACUUGCCCCAUCAAUACAGGUCCCUGAGUUGGUCCCUGAAUGGUUUCUGUAUCAGUAUUCCCUCUUUGUCCACAGUUAUUGACCACAACAGUCAUCAAAUCCGUUUUCUCAUUCAUCAGAUCCAUCUUCUCAUGCAUCUGUUCCAACAAAGCACUUGUCUUGCAUAAAGCAAGCACCAAAACUUCCUCCCAGCUCAUUUUUAUUUGAGGUCAAAAGGACUGGUCCCACGAUCUUAAUCUCACAGCUGUAGAGUCCUCAAGUAGACUGCAGCAACAAUUUAACAAGCUUCCUCUAGAGGAGACAAUUUCUAUUUGUAUCCAUCUUUUUAAGGCAAGUCCAACAAAGGAAAAUUACUUUCAUUUUUCAGAUAUUUUGUUUCUUUAGAAUGCAAAAGGCAACACUGGGAUCAGUUUAUUUCUCUUCUUUAGCUAUCUGUCAAAGUAUUCCAUUCACAGUCAGUGAACCUCUCCAACAAUUUCUGUCUCUGACCCCCGGUUCCCAGGUUUGAGACGGUGGAAGCUUAUCUUUCUUCACUCCCUCUCCUGCAGGCUUAAACAAAGAUUCCCUCCCCUUUUCUCCUGCUUCCAAGGGGGUUUUAGUAGUUAUAAAUGAAGGAAAUUUAGACUUUUCUAACGACUUUCCGGACUUUAGCUUACAAGGUUUUUGCUUCAGUCUAUGUACAAAAAGCAGAAGGCGGACUUCCUGUUUGAACCUUCCCGCUUCGGUGCCAAAUUAGGGUAUUUCUUGAUCCAAUUUUCCGUUUCUACUCACAGGUACUUGCUUUAAAUCCAAUUGUCCACAGGAAAAAGUCAGCGCUCUCCGGCAAUGGCUGUGCGGCUUCAUGGGACUGAGAGGAAUUGUUAGGUGGAGACAGAUAGAUAGUUGGAAUAAUCAGUUUGAAGUUGUUAGGGACGUAUAGGACAGUAAAGGAACUAAGAUUAAGAAACUGACAAGAAAAAUUAACUGAAACCUUAAACUUGUUCAUGCUUAUAAAAAUAAACUUGAUUAUUUGUUAAUGUUAACAACUGUCUGGACUCCGUGUGUACCCGAGAGAAACAGGUUGGUGGCAGUGAAGAGGCAAUCACAGUGGUGGCACAGGGAUCAAUAGACCGUCAAACGUCCGAGGACCUUGUGUGAUCGCCACAGGCUGCCUACACAGAAGGGGUGCAGUAGUAGUGCCAUUGUCCUAUGACAUUGGUUGAUGAAUGAAAUUUAGCACCACGUGUCAAUAUACUAGUCCAAAAGCCACAGUCCCAUAAUACAACAAGUUCUGCAGUGUGAAAGAAAUGUUAUAAAGCAGAACAGAAGCACUAUUAUAAUCAGGAAAACCAACACAGUAUCCCCCAAAUCUGAAUGUAGUCUAGGCUGAGGGGUUGCAGGUUGCCCACAAAAACUCUGGUUUGGUGACACCUGAUUUUUCAGUAAUGCUGCCUCCUGGGGACCUUUCAGCCAACAGUUUCUGAUUUCCUGCUCUUUAUGUGCUUUCCCUUGAUCCUGCCUGUGAAGUGGAAAGGGAGCAAGCAAACUGUUGUUGAAGAUGCUUACGUUUCUGAGGAAAAUAGUAUUAUUCAUUAAAAGAAUAAAAUGGGAAAGCUGCAUGUGCAUAAUCUGAACAAAGCCAGUCACUGGUGUCACAAUAAUUUUGAGAUUCUAACCAAGAAAGCUGCGUGAGUACUAGGCAGAAAACUGCUUACCAGUAGGGAUGUUGCUAACAUCUUUAAUUAUCUGUUUUGGGGGUGUGAAUUUGGUCUGGAAUGUGAAUUUGGAUGUCUUUCCAACUGAACAUCAUUUCUUAAGAAGUUCUUCUCCAACUGAGAAUUUGUUAAUUGGUGAGUUUUCAGUUGCUCCUCAAAAUAUUGUCUUUGUUUUUUUGGUCCAAGUCCUUGACACUAAUCACAACUAAGAUGGACUAGUGCUGUGCCAAAGCCCAUGGAAACUUUUAAAGCCUUCUCCCUACAAAUAUAGAAAGAAGAGAACUGGAGGCAACUUAGGUCCUCAAGUGCAGAGAGAGAAGCAGUGAGAUAGCAGAGACAGAAUUUAAGUAAGAGAACAUGAUCAGACUACCCAAAUCUGGGAUAUUGCAGGAAAAGAAGCUCCAUAUCUUGAAAGUGGAGCCAGCUGAAAGGGAAGAGCCACAUGGAAUGGAAGUCAACAAUGUUAACAUACAUACCUGGAACAGUUCCCAGGAUUCUUCGGGAGAAGCCAUGACUAACAAGAGUGGCCUAAGUGUGCUUUAAAUGUCGAUGUCACCAUAGGAAGCUGCCUUAUAGUGAGUGAGAUUGUUGGCCCAUUUAGCUGAGUACUGUCUAUAUCAGGUAUGUGGAAUUUGUGGCUUUCCAUACGUGGUUUGACUCCCAACUCCUGUCAAACCCAGCCAGCUUGGCCAAUGGUCACAGAUGAUGGCAGGCAAUAUCUGGAAGACUACAGGUUCCCAACCUCAGAUCUACACUCAGUGUUGGUUCCUCUCCAGGGUUUCCAGACGGGUUUCCUCCAGACCUAACUGGAAGAUACCAGGGAUUGAGUUUGGGCCAUUUUGCACGCAAAGCAUGGGCCUUACCACCCGGCUACACCCCUCCCAAAACAUGUCUCUCCCAUAUCGGUUUCUGCAGCCACAGCAGCUGCUGCAACCUUCCAAGAGUUUGACUUCACCCCCAAAGGCACACUCCUCCAUUGUCAACCAGUCACGGCCCUUCCAGAAUAAUACUUCAUAGUGAGGCAGAAUAUCUCAGUGAGCUCAAGGUAUGAAAAGCAAAUGACUACGGCUAGUUUAUUAGCAAAAGUUCUGCAAUGUCAGGCAAUGCAUGUACCCACAAGCAUCAACGCAGACAGAGACAUGCACCCUGACUCUUCCAUGGGUUCUUGUUCCAUUCCUUGCUAUUCUACCAGCCCAAGUCAGUUCUCUCGGAAUGGGUGCUGAUGGGUUAGAGACUGUGUGCAGGGAGGAGAUGCAUAUGUCCUUUGAUCUGGCCUUGUCUGCUGCUGUAGUGUAGAAGAAGUACAAUUUCAAGACCUCUUGCACUAACCUGCACCUCUGUAAGAGAGAGGAGAAGCAGCAAAAGCUUGACAGGCCAAGCUUUUGAUCUCUAAUUACUGUAGCAUGUCAGGCCUGUGGUUUAAAUUGGGUCUAAUUGAGGUGAUUGCGAUUACAAUAGCUUGCCUUCCACGAGCUGCCCUUUUCCCCUCUGCCAGCCGUUCUGCUAAUGGGAGCUGACGGCAUCCAUAUAUAGCGGACUGUAUCUUGGCAGGAAAUGAGAGGAACAUGGCUUGCAUCUCUUUUUUGAGCAAGACAUGGAGGGGGAGCAGGCGAUUUGACGAGGUGAUGGACCCUUUUCACAGUCAGCUUCAUUUUGGAGCUGCAUGCACUGCUUUGAUUUUGCAAAGAGAAGGAUCUUCCGUGGGACAAACAAAAAGGAGAGGUCUCGUUUCUGAGCUUCAACGGAGCAAGCGACUUGUCGUUUCCUCACUGACAGAUCACUUGCAGAUCACCUGCAGGGCUCUUGCUCAAUCGUUUAUGCGAUCGCCGGCUUUUCCAUGGGAAAAGAAUUGGCAGGAGGUGGGAGCAGGGGGUUUCCUUCACAUGAAAUGAUGAAAACCUCAGAUCUGCCGGUGGGUACACAAAGCUGCUUAUUGGGGAGUGCCGCCAGCUGCUGGCAGCAGAAAUCAGGGUUGCCAACUGAUUAUUUCUCCAUCUCGCAACAGUGGCAUAACAAGCAUAGUAUCAACCCUUUCCCUAUGCAGCGACGGGGAACUUCAGGUGCCACAUUUCUGAUUGAUGGGCAGGUGUUAACGAAGUACAGUGGUACCUCAGGUUACAUAUGCUUCAGGAUGAGAACAGAAAUCGUGCUCCGGCAGCGCGGCAGCAGCGGGAGGCCCCAUUAGCUAAAGUGGUAUCUCAGGUUAAGAACAGUUUCAGGUUAAGAACGGACCUCCAGAACGAAUUAAGUUCUUAACCCGAGGUACCACUGUAUCAGCAGAGAAAAAUGUUAGCAACCCUUGGUGCAGUGUUUCCCAAAGUGGGCAAUAAUGUGUUGGAUCAAUCCAUCAACCUCUGAUGAAUGAUUUAGAACAGGGUCAGCAAACUUUUUCAGCAGGGGGCCAGUCCCCUGUCCCUCAGACUUUGUGGGGGGGGCAGACUAUAUCUUGGGGGAAAAAACAAUGAACGAAUUCCUAUGCCCCACAAAUAACCCAGAGAUGCAUUUUAAAUAAAAGGACACAUUCUACUCAUGUAAAAAACACGCUGAUUCCCAGACCGUCCACGGGCCAGAUUAAGAAGGUGAUUGGGCCAGAUCCAGCCCCCGAGCCUUAGUUUGCCUACCCAUGAUUUAGAAGGAUUGGGUCUGGCAUCACUUUGACUGUGCGUCUGUGCCAGUAUCCAUACACAGCAGAGUUACAUCUCAACGCAGCUCCUUCCUUGGAAGCGUCUUUGGGGUUGAAGCUACACACAGUUGGCAAUAAACACUCAUGGACGCCAUAAGGAUUUAGCCAAGUGUAGAGGUUUACUUGACAGGCAUAUAAAAGCAUAUUGGUAGCAAAUAUAUACAGACAUUCACCAAUGCUGUGGUCAAGGCAUGUUUAGAAUCCACAACAAGAUCCCAAGGCGCGCUCUCUGCUUCUCUCACCACAAGACGCAAGCAAGAGACUCAAAACAAGUUGCAACAAGUUACACAGAACCGUUGUUAUCAGUACUUCCUGUGGCGCAUGUCUAAAGAACAGUUCCCAAAGAAAACGUCCUUGCAUAGACAAAACAAUCUCAGCCUUCUGCUGCUUCUUGAAACUUCUCUGUUCUUCUCUGUUUCUAGAACAAAUGAUUCUCUCGCACACAGAGAGAAUAUCCAACAUAACUUCCCCUGGGGGGCGCUGGAAUGAUCCUGGGGUGGUGGCGGCGGUGAUAGCAGCCUCGGGUGCAGUUGGGAGGCAUUGAAUAAAAAAAGGGGGGGUGGAAACAUAAAGAAAGAGAAGAAAAUUACAUACCUUCCAACAUUUCUGUGAUCAGGGGUGCCAGUUUGAAUUUAAAAAAAUGGGGGGACACUAAGGCCCACCUCCCAAAAUUGAUCACAUGAUGCUGUGCACGCUAUUCAUUUGAAUGGCAAUGCCCAUCAAUUUUUUGGGGGGGUCUGGCCCCCUCAAAUAUUUUACUGGUGGGGCAAAGACCUCUUGGGCCCUAGGAGUUGGUUCCUAUGUCUCUGAUGGAAAUUAUUGUUGUUUAGUCAUUUAGUCGUGUCUGACUAAAUCGUGACCCUAUGGACCAGAGCACACCAGGCACUCCUGUCUUCCACUGCCUCCCACAGCUUGGUCAAACUCAUGCUGGUAGUUUUGAGAACCCUGUCCAACCAUCUCGUCCUCUCUGAUGAAAAUAGGGAUGUCCUAUUCCAUCAUCAUCAUCAUCACCAUCAUUUUAUUAUUGCUCCAGCCACUCUGGGUAGCAUCCAGCAGAUAUAAAAACAUAAUAAAACAUUAUACGUUUUUUAAAAAAACACUACCCUAUACUGGGCCACCUUCAGAUGUCUUCUAAAGGUUGUACAGUUACUUAUCUCCUUGGCUCAAGGGUUGCAUAACUCCAUACCGUCCAAUAUUUCUCCAAUUAAAAUAGGGACGUCCAAAAACAGUGGGACAUUCUGGGAUCAAAUCAGAAACCAGGGUGGCUUCUGUAAAUCCGGGACAGUCCCUGGAAAAUAGGGACACUUGGAGGGUCUGGAAAUGGCUUACCAGGUGAGAUAGCAGGUAAAGGGCUUUGGCAUACUGGGGGGAAGAAGGGAUAGGCAGAUUUGAGGUCAGCGCAGUGCAAACAGGUGAAAAUAAAUGCCUCUUUCGCAGGAGAAGAAAACUUUUGAGAAAUUGGAGAACAGAUUUUUACACAGAAUGUGUUAAUUUAAGGUUCCUGCCUGUAUGGAAAAAGCUGCUUGGGAUCUCCUUCCUGCCUGCUCUGCGUUAGCGUGUCUGCGGUUUGCUUAUUCCAUCAAUUGCUUUAUCUGGACAACUGUGAAGUCCCAGCAUGCAAACAUCUUCAGAAUGAUCACUCUCAGGCAGACAAAUUCUACGACUCCUGAGUGUGAUAGACAGUUUCAUUGGCAGAAUCAAAAGCCCCCACUGUUCAGACGUGGGUGGAUGCAAAAGUCGUUCCCUUUCUUGGUGACAGCAGCUGCCGGCAAGGGCAGAAGGGAGGACAGAGAGCAGAAUGGUCUCUCAAAAGCUCUGAUUUACUGUUGUGUUCAAACAAUCCCCGUUUUUAUAUUUUAUUUUUUACUGCUUUUGAAAAACUACAGCUCUUCUUUGUGCAUGGAGUUAGACCUCUUCCUGUCCCUCAAAAUCACUCAAGAUAGUGAAAUGUAUUUAGCCUGACUACUGUUGCCACCUGUUUUUCCCUGUUUGAUGAUCUCUUUAAUCUUUAACAAGUUUUGCAAGGUGGCAGAGGGGCCUAGAAAUUGUUCGUUGGCAAGGAAAAAAUAGGUAUAAUUCCUGCGUACAAUCCUAGAAUUGUAGGCUUGGAAGGGACCAUGAAAGUCAUCUAGAUCAACCCCCUGCAAUUCAGGAAUCUUUUGCCCAACGUGGGGCUUGAACCCAGAACCAUGAGAUUAAGAGUCCCCAAAAAUUGCACUGGCAUGAUACUAACUUCUCCUCCGCCCUCUUCUCACCUCUCUUAGUUCUGGGAGACCAGGGGAGAGGGGAGCUCGUCACAGCAGGGGGUGGGAGACACCCGUUCCUCUUCACCAGCCGGACUCAUCUCUGCCUCUUGGCCUCCCUAAUCUUACUUUCCUGCUUCAGCUUCUGCCUCCGAGUCUGGACUGCUCUCUGGUACAGACUCCCCCCUGCUGGCUCCGCAAGGUGAUUCCAAGGUGAUUGUCCCAACCCGGCCGAAGGAGCCGCAUUUGUGUGCAGAUUCCCUGGACUGGCAGGAGUUGUGGGUCCAUGGCAGCAGUGUACUGCAGCUGUAAUACUAGGAAGCGAGUCUCCAGGACAUUUUUCAAAGCAGGAAUGGUGGUGUGGUGAUCACACAGGGUCCCCUGACGUUUCACCAUCUAUUGAUGCCUGUGCCACCACUUUAUUUCUCGCUGCCACCACCCAGGCCCUACCUGGUACAAUACUGAGUCCAGUCAGGGUUAAAUUAGAACAUAAACUUCUGUUUAUUUAUUGCAGUUUAACAAGCACGUGGUUUCAUAAACGGUAUCGGUCCAUUAGAAUCAUGGGUUGCCUAUCCAGACCUAUAACUUCCACUACCUGCUCUCACUCACUAAACCACCUCUCAGAUAUUUACUUGUCUUCCUAGUUCCUAACUGUUCCUGACUCAGCUUAUUUCGCUGCACGAACUCAGCCUACCCACAGACUCUAUCCCAAUUCACUCCCACUCCAACCAACUGCCCAACCCCCCACGAACUCCCCCUUCGCCCCUCCCAGAGCUGGUUUUAUAGUCCCUCUGACUCCACCCCCCUGGGUUCUGAUUGGGUAACCUGUUUAACUACUUCAUCUCCAGCACUCUCAUAUGUUAACGUCAAGCUGGUAGUUUCUGCUGGCGUUUCUAGUGUAAUUCACAGACUGGACCCUCCUCCCUCUUGCAAGCAAAUGAAGCAGUAACAAGGCUUUCAAGUUUUCCAGUCGUUUGUGACGUAUUAGCACAGAGAGGUAUUGCGCUGUGUACUGCUUCUCUCUCUGCGAUGAGUCAGCACAAAUAUUUGCAGUUUUGGACUCUCAUUGGGUGUGUGUCUAUGGAGGCAAAGCUCCUGUGCUUGGAAAUUUGCCACGACCCCACUGUGUACAUCUCCCGCCACUCCACUGGGCUACUUGUGCAUUUUUGCACAAAACUGUAUCUCGAUUGGAGUCUGCAUGCGGUUUGUAGCAAUAGCUGAGGUCACAAUUUCACUCUUUGCCACACUGAUACAUACUUCAGUAUUUUGGUUGUCUCAAGAGUAGGCUGCUGUUCCUUGCUUUCAGAAAAUAUGUUUUGCAGGUAUCCUUCUUAGUACCCCAGUGAAGUACAAACAAGCGGUUUUAAAUAUGAAGCACUUUCCCAGGAGAGAGCUGUCUCAUUUACAUGUAUUGUUAAUACUUAAAAAAAAAAAUAUCUGUGGGAGAAGCUGUUCUAUGUUACCUCUGAGAUUAGCAUUACAUUUGUAUGGAAAUGUGUAAUUCGGCAGACGGAAUGACCCAAGGGAGACAAAGUAUUUUCUGCCUUUACGUUAUUGUUAAAUGAAGGGGUUUCUCUUUGCUAAGUGCCUGAGUAUCUGUUACAAACAGGCUCUUUAGUUUCCUCCUCCUUCAUAAGAUAGGACCACAUACGGAUCCCUGAGGAAUUCAAUUUCAGUGAACUGCAAUGCAAAAUCAGCCUGAUCCAUAUCUCUUGCAGGACUCAUCAUGCACAGCGAAAUGUACUUGGUUUUGCAUUUCUCCAAAAUGUGUGAUAUGGUUCUCUGCUUUUUUAAAAAAAAAAGCAUUUAAGGGGGAUACAAUGCAUUUACAAAUGCACACGCUGUGUUUAGUUAUGCAUCAUGUGAUAAAAUUUGUAAUAAGAUAUGCAUUUGAAUAUGAUCUUUAAAAGGAGGAGUCACAGAUUGAAAACAGGACAGAAUGGGCUUAUGAACAGACACGUGGAAAGUUGAUGGGGCCAGAAGUAGACCGAUUGCUCCAUCCCUAAAUCCACUGGGAUGUGUCCAUUCUGUUUGUGCCCCCGCCUCCCUCGAUCUCUUAGAUUCAGGCACAUGAUGAGAUCAGCUCAGAAGGGCCCUCAUGCAAACAUGUGUGUGUGCAACGGUAGAGGCCUGGAAGGAAAGGUUAAAGCCCGCUGCUACUACAUGGGAGACAGAUUGAAGAAAAGGAAAUAUGAAUUGGCCCCUCCCCAUCAUUUGACCAAUCACGGCAAGGAGCAGCUAGAAACUAGAUGGAGUCAUAGAUCUUUUUUUUUAAAAAGUGUAGACUCACACACGCUGGCCAGUUUCCGUUUUGACUUGAAAUGUUCGUUUGGGGCUUCUUAGAAAUACGUAAAGGCAAGAAUUGGGUCGGGUGAAGGCCCCCCCACAAUGGUGCCCACCUGUGUGAUUUGGACACAGACCAAUGACAGUGUGAUCAUGUUAAAGAUGAUAGCAGGUCCAGUGAGUGUGCCCCCCUCCUCUCCAUGAUCAAUGCAUGGCCAGAAGGGGGCUUUUUGACUGCUUCUGACACCUGUGGUGCAUAUUCUUAGCAUCCAAUUUAUUUUUAUGAUGGUAACUGGUUUAAAACUGUUUGUAAUACAGUGGUACCUCGGGUUACAGUGGUACCUCAGGGAUGUGGGUGGCAUUGUGGGUUAAACCACAGAGCCUAGGGCUUGCCUAUCAGAAGGUUGGCGGUUCGAAUCCCCGUGACAGGGUGAGCUCCUGUUGUUCAGUCCCAGCUCCUGCCAACCUAGCAGUUUGAAAGCACGAAGUGCAAGUAGAUUAAUAGGUACCAAUCUGGUGGGAAGAUAAACGCCAUUUCCAUGUGCUGCUCUGGUUUGCCAGAAGCGGCUUAGUCAUGCUGGCCACAUGACCCAGAAGCUGUACGCCAGCUCCCUCGGCCAAUAAAGCGAGAUGAGCGCCGCAACCCCAGAGUCGUCCGUGACUGGAUCUAAUGAUCAGGGGUUCCUUUCCCUUUACCUCGGGUUAAGAACUUAAUUCAUUCUGGAGGUCUGUUCUUAACCUGAAACUGUUCUUAACCUGAGGCACCACUUUAGCUAAUGGGGCCUCCCGCUGCCACCGCUGCGUGAUUUCUAUUCUCAUCCAGAAGCAAAGUUCUUAACCUGAGGUACUAUUUCUGUGUUAGCGGAGUCUGUAACCUGAAGCAUCUGUAACCUGAAGCGUCUGUAACCUGAGGUACCACUGUAUUGUGUUUCAGUGUUGGAACCUGCCUUUGGAUGGUAGGGUGAAAGGCCGGAAACAAAUAAAAAACUAAAAAAUUAAACAUCUGGCAUUUUCCACCUGCCCUGUCUGUCAUAUUUAGCUGCAGAAGACCCAGUGAACAGGUGCAGGGACACUGGUAUCUGUCAGUGGAGGAAAUGCCAUACACAGCUCGGUGGUAGAGCAUCUUUUUUGCAGGCAGACAGUCCAUUUCUAGGAAAAGCAUAUCCAGGAAGAGCUGGGAAUGCUUCUGCCUGAAAUCCAGGGCAGCCAAUGGCAGGAAGUGUGGCCACUGCUGAGCAAGAUGUACUCAAUGGCCUCAAUCAGAGUGAAGCAGCUUUCCAUGAUCCUAAUAGGUAAACAAGGACCCCUGGAUGGUUAAGUCCUGUCAAAGGUGACUAGUGGGUGCGGCGCUCAUCUUGCUUUCAGGCUGAGGGAGCUGGCCUUUGUCCACAGACAGCUUUCUGGGUCAUGUGGCCAGCAUGACUAAACUGCUUCUGGUGCAACGGAACACUGUGACGGAAACCAGAGCGCACGGAAAUGCCAUUUACCUUCCCGCCGCAGCGGUACCUAUUUAUCUACUUGCACUGGCGUGCUUUCAAACUGCUAGGUUGGCAGGAGCUGGGACAGAGCAACGGGAGCUCACUCCGUCAUGGGGAUUUGAACCACUAACCUUCUGAUCAGCAAGCCCAACAGGCUCAGUGGUUUAGACCCCAGUGCCACCCGCGUCACCUUCCUAAUAGUCACCCUCUUCUACAGACCCUUGUUUCCACUGUCCAUUUGGUGACCGCACACUUGCUGCAUAGACUGUUUUGAAAUAAGAUUUCACUCAAUGAGUUAGUGCCUUGCUCUCCAGAUGGGCUCAAGCCUGUAGCUGUCAAUCAAUCAUGAUACCGCUGAUGUUUCACGGAUAACAAGAAGUAUAUUGAGUCCAGAGGUUCUGGCUGUGCAGCAUUUUCAAAAACAAGGCUGUAAACCUAACUCUUAAAACAACACACACACCCAGUGCCCUGAUUCAUUUCAGAUUCCUGUUUGCUGUCUAUAUAUAUAUAUAUAAAAGCGAAAUAAUAUUGAAGGGGCAAUGGAGUGUAAUUUCCAUUUUGAAAUAUUGUUUCAUUAACAUUCUAUGUGGAACACGGAGAUAGAUAGUGUUGAAAUACUAAUGGGAUUUUUUUCCCCUUUAAAAAACGUGAAAAUUAAUUAAACUCGAUUUCCCACAAAGUUAUCAUGGUGUUAUACUUUAGAUGCCACCCUCCCCCUCUGUGUAUGAAAUGUUCAAACCGAAGUGUCAUUUAAUUUUUUUUUUUUUUUACUGCUGUUCAGUUAAAUAAUUACAACAGUGGAUUAGGAAGAGGCCUUUUAUAACAUAACAACAUUUCUUAUCCCCUUGCCACAAUGUUUUCAUUUGUGGAUAUGAGAAAAUUCAAGGAAGCCUCUGUAAGAAAAGAAGAAAUCCCCCAGGGAAGAGUGGAUUGGAUGAUUAUUAAAUAGGAUAAAGAGGCUUUUAGCAGAAUGAUCCCAAAUCAUUAUUCUGACAGCUUUUCAUCGGAGCAUAUGGAAGCAUACCUGGCCCCAGGUAUCUAUAUGACGAAAAUGUCCAUUGCAAUCUGUUACAAAAGCAGAGGAAGCCAAUUUACCAAGCAUAUUUUACAGAAGGAAAUCGGCAGUUAUUUAUGGGGGAUACAAAGUUGAGAAUUGGCUUGUCACCAACCCAUAAUUUUAGAGGAGGUUUGUAUUUAGUUGGAUUAGGUCCUUGUGAGUUCAAUAAGGCUUACUCACGAGUAAGUGUGCAUGCAUAGGAUUUUACCGUAUUUUUCGCUCUAUAAGACGCACCAGACCACAAGACGCACCUAAUUUUUAGAGGAGGAAAACAAGAAAAAAAAUAUUCUGAAUCUCAGAAGCCAGUACAGCAAGAGGGAUCGCUGCGCAGUGAAAGCAGCAAUCCCUCUUGCUGUUCUGGCUUCCGGGAUAGCCGCGCAGCCUGCAUUCGCUCCAUAAGACGCACACACAUUUCCCCUUACUUUUUAGGAGGGAAAAAGUGAGUCUUAUAGAGCAAAAAAUACGGUAUUUAGUUUUAUUUAAGACAUUCCUUACCCACUCUUCAUUGCAAAGAGGACUCCAGAGUGAGAUAAAAAAUUAAAAUAAAUCUAGUCCCACCAUACAAGUACUAAAUUUACUUGUGUGGUUGCUUUGCCCCAUGUAUCGAAUUGCCCUCUCUUUAAAUUGCAGAACCGGCACUGUUAGAGGGGCCACAUAAUACUUGUUCUGCAAUUGUAAGACAUUUAUGUUUUAGUGAAGCUGCACUCACAACUUUGGAACUCCCUGCUUAUUGACAUUGGGCAGAUGCCUUCACUCUUUUUGGUACAUGAUAAAAAACCACUUUUGUUUAGGCAAACCUACCCAGACAUGUAAAAAAUAUCUAUUUAAUCUAGUUUUAGUUUAUUGUUGAUUUUAAAAACUUUAAAGCCCUAAAUGGCUUUGGCCCAGUAUACCUGAAGGAGCAUCUCCACCCCCAUCGUUCUGCCCAGACACUGAGGUCCAGCUCCGAGGCCCUUCCAUGGUUCCCUCCCUAUGAGAAGUGAAGUUACAGGGAACCAGGCAGAGGGCCUUCUCGGUAGUGGCGCCUGCCCUGUGGAAAGCCUUCCCAUCAGAUGUCAAGGAAAUAAACAACUAUCUGACUUUUAGAAGACAUCUGAAGGCGAUCCUGUAUCGGGAAGUUUUUAAUGUUUGAUGGUUUAUCAUGUUUUUAAUAUUCUGUUGGGAGCCGCCCAGAAUGGCUGGGGAGGCCCAGUCAGAUGGGCGGGGUAUAAAUAAUAAUAAUAAUAAUAAUAAUAAUGACAAGCAAUCACCCAGGGUCAAUUUUACACUGCCCAGGGACUUUGUGGGUUGUAUCCAAUGAUUCCACUGAAAUUUAAGAAUUUAAGUUAGUUGCAGUCAUUAAUUUCACUAGGUCUACUCAAAAUAUGACUAGCAUUGCAUACAGCCCUUAGCCAUAUCCAUUAUUUUCAAUGAGACCACUCUGAGUAAGACUAACAUCAGGUACAUACAACCUUGUGGGCUUCCCAUGGGCAUCUGGUUGGCCACUGUGAGAAGAGGAUGCUUGAACAGAUGGGCCCUGCACCUGAGUCUAGCCGUCAGGCUCUUCUUAUGUUCUGUAAUGCCUCAUGGAAGGCAUCACUAUGAAAGAUACCAGCCCUGAAAUGGUGAAUCAUAGAACUAUAGAGUUGGAAGGGAUCCCAAGGUUCACCUAGUCCAACCCUCUGCAAUGCAGGAUUCUUUUUGCCCAACGUGGGGCUCAAACCCACAACCCUGAAAUUAAGAGUCUCAUGCUCUACUGACUGAGCUAUGGGACACCCCCUGUAGAAAAUGUCACUGAUGGAACUUUCAAAGCACCUUGUCACCACCAAACAUGGCACUUUCCCUCAUUAAGACAGUUCUUCUGGGUACCAUUGAGAAGUGGGUCACUGAAUGAAUUCCAUGAAGGUCGAUCCUUAGCACCUUGGCAAACUCCUCCUUCUCUUUUUGCUUUUCUUUCAAGCUCCCAGAAUCAAAUGACAGCACUGGCACAAUGACGAGAGAAGAGUUUGUAGACAAAAUGUCCACAGCAGUUCAGCAAGGCACCAAGGAAGAGUACGGCGAGCUGUUUGACAAGAUAGAUUUGAUCCGAGAUGGCCUUAUCGACUGGGACAAAUUGACCUCCUUUGUGCUGCUUGAGCUGUAUGAGAGAGAUGAACGGGCCAGGCGAUUGGUCAUCCCUCACUGGAAGGACCUCCGGUUUCUCCCACUGAUCCACAAAGAUGCUGUUCAGAACGUAACAUUAUUGAAAAGCCCUAUCAGCUACCUGACUGUGAGCAGGAGUGGUUUGCUCGGCUGCUGGGGAGAGAGUCUAAAGUUACAGAGGACUCUUCAGAUCACCACUGAAGCUGUCAAGCCUAAAGACCUCUGGGUGACCUCUCUGGUUGCACUGCCAAAUGUUAACAAGGUACGUAGCUGUGCUCAUGGAAGUGUAACAGUACUUCUGAAACCAUGUUAGUGCUGAUAAUUUUUCACAGCUUCUCACAGAUCCCAUCCGUGUUGGGAAUUGCCUCCCAGUUGGAUGUAUCAAUCACUUACUGCCCUUCAGGACACAGGAAACAUUAAUUUUCCCUUCCAACAUGUGGGCAAUAGCCUAGUCCCAAGGAAAGGAUGGUCUGUUUUCUGAUACAGCUCCUGCUACAGCUGAUGGGUAGCACCCUAGCCCAGAAAGCAGAGCCCUCCUAUUCACCUAAACCCUGACUGAAUGAUGGGAAAUGAUUCUAACUGGGCUAUCCAAAAGUUGCAAAGAACAGGACUGAGUUUAAGAGGAUUCUGGGCAAAGUUUCACUUGGUGGGCUCCCCUUUGUCUUGGUGAGCUUAUGUAGCUGUUGUGAUAGCUCUCAAUAUUGUGCUAGACGGCUGGGUUUACUCAGCAUUUAAAGUUCCCACAAAGAGUUAGCUUAGGUUAGAGCAUUGUGGGAACUUAAAACAGUGACUUAAGGUAGCUGCAUAGCACUGCUUGGAAUCCUGGACCAGAGUAAAACCUAAGAGGCAGUGUGCCUUUAGGGAGCUGUCCAAUGGUUCUAGGUGCUGAAGUUGGUCUUAGCAAGGAUGAUGCCUGCCUAUAGUGCUGGGAUGGAAGCUGAUUGAGUGUCUGUGCCUUUGUGUAUGUGUGUGUGUGUGUGUGUGUGUGUGUGUGUGUGUACACGUGUACACACAGCUCCUCAAUUAGUGGAUCAAAGGACCAAGUAACUUUGCUGUGCUGAGCUUUUGACUCCAGCCUCAACAAUUACCUCCUUCUCUAUCUUCUUAGGCCAUUGAGGUUUGUGUUUUCUUUCUUUUUGCACUGUAGGCACCAAUAUUUCUUGCCUGCCUUUCUGUAAAAACCUUUCUCUGUAGGCGGCAACAGGUCAUAACAUCAAUAAAAACGUAAAAUCUAUCUCAAAACUAAAAUUAAACACAGCACUUUAAAAUUCGCAUUAUGUCAUAUGUACAGGCAGAAAGAGGAUACAAAGAUAAAUAUAUCAAGAAAUGAAUGAGAGGGGAGGCUUUGUUUCAGAAAGGUAAGAGAAUGAGGGGUGAUGGCAGGAGUGGGGACCUUUGUGGGCUUCCAGACGUUGAUGGGCUACAGCUCCCAUUGUCCCUGACCAUAGGCUAUGCUGGCUGGAGCUGAUGGAGGUUAGGGUCAACCAAUCUCUGGAGGGCUACAAAUUCCUUAUUCCUGGAUUAAGACAAAGGCUUGAGGUAGAUUUUGAGCAGGGGUUUGAAGAAGAAAGUGAGAAUGUUCACAUGCCACAGAGGAGUUCUUUGCAUUAGAUUGGAGACAUAAAGGGCAACAGAGGCUAAUGGGCAAGUCUUUUAAGAAAUGAACACACUUUUGGAUGGCUCCUGUGUGGUAAACCUGGAGGAAUAUUCUCUCUCCCCACCACUAACUUUGUUUCUCUCCCACCCCAUAUAGGUAGCUGUCUCAUUUACAAGCAAAGAGAUCUAUUUUGCUGAGCUGAAUUCCAAACAAGGGUUCUCAUGUCAGUAUAGACUUCAAGGCUUUGGGGGAACCGUGAUAUGCAUGGACUACUGGUACAAUCCUCAUGAUGGAAACGAUGCUAUUCUGACAAUGGGAGAUGUCUGUGGGCAGGCAAGUAUGGCACAAAAUGUCAGGAGAACAUCUGGGUGGCCACAGGUUCCUCAUCCCUGUUGUACUGGGACACCAGCUGCCUCUUGAAGAGUGCUGGGCCAUUAGUAUCAUGGAAGGUGUCCUGGCCUGGCUGGAUGCAGAGGAAUGGUGGGAGGAAACAGCUGGGGAAGAAGGCUCAGAGCUAGGGGAGUGGUUGUGGGACAGUGAUGAGUGGUUAGAGGGAGAAGAAGGAGCAGACUGGGAGGAAGAGGAGUCAGAAGCUGAAGAGGUAACAGGGUUGAGUGAGCAGGAAGAGGCUGUGGCAGAGAGCAGUCUAGAAUCAGAGGCAGAGGCAGAAGCUGGAGGGAUGCCAAGAGGCAGAGAUGAGUCAGGCUGGUGAAGAAGCCAUGGUGUCUCCCCCUCCUGCUGUGACCAGCUCCCUUCCCCCCUGAUCUCCCAGAAACUGAAGAGGUAUGCAGAGGGCGGAGCAAAGACAAGCAAGAUGACAGAGUCUCAAAUUGCUUGGGGAAGGAGGAAUCUUAGGGAGCUGUAGGAAAGCGGUGGAUCUUGGUCCCCACAACUACCUCAUAGGGGCAAGUUCUACAGGGAAGAGUUGCUGUGCUCACUAGGCACGGCCCCCUAGACAGUCUUUCUUCUUUGAAUAAAGAAUUCACUGAAGUCAUAUGAGUUAUUUCUGACCUGCUCCUAGUAGUCAGAAGGCUUAGUGGACACAUCAGUCAGGGAGCUAGAGAAGAGCUUAGCUAUAUUUCUUAGAGAAGAACAGAAAGUAAUAGGGAAUGUCUGGCUCUACCCAACAAAACAUCUAGUGAGUAAAGUAUGUAAGGGCACUAUCCACACAGAUCGAGCACUUGUUAUUUAUUUAGUGACAGUACUUGUUCACAGUAUCACUGUUCAGGCAGACCUCACAAAGCAGUUCACAUAAGAUUAUUACAGCAAUAAGCAUGGUGGGUUUUUUCCCUUUAAAGUUGAAAUAGAAUUGGGAGUGGGCGGGAAACAACUUGUUUUUUUAAAAAAGAAAAAUCAAUUCUGCUGCUUCUCCCCUCCCCUCAGGGUAAGAUGGGCUUUCAGGUGUCCCUGUAGCAGCAGUUGAGGAGAGCAAGGGGACACAAUGGGAACUGGAUGGUGACUGCUCCUUCUGCAUUCCCCUUGCUUUUCACAAAGUUUAAGUUAUAUACUAAGUCAGUCCACCUUCAUGUGUUCAAUGGUGGAGACGAUGCUUCAGAACUUCCAACUCCAGGGAGAUUUAGCUUUUCUUCUUAUGUUAAGUCAAAAGUCAAUUCAUCCCAAUUGCUUCUCAUUACUCAUAUUCACUCUCUUGAAAGUACAUUUAGCUGCCCAAGGCUUUGUUCCCUUCAUUUGCUUUUAGAUUGGUUUACCCUCCCCCUUUUGUCAUAUCUUGCCCAACUAUACAUGUUGGCUACCUAUACAUAUUUAAGUUCUUUCCAUUGUCCUCUCCUAAGCAAAUCCCGGCAGCCUCAUUAGUAAAAAAAUAGCCUUAGCCGUGGCCGUGAAAUUCAAACGCAUGCAAGUUAUGAAUUUAUAACAAAGGAGGGGCUUUGUGUGAUAUUCAGGUUAUUGCCAUCAGUAAUGGGUUGCUUUGAAAUGCUGAGAGUGGUAGAAUAUUUUUUUUAAUGAAAAAAAUUAACUCUAUCCUUCACAGGUCCAAGCAAUUGUCUUCAACACAGCUCUGAUCUCAUUGUUUGAACGACCUUCAAAUUCCACUGAAGAUGAAAAUGUGACAAUGACUGUCACUUGGCAGGAGCUGGUCUCUGGGUAUCACAAAUGCUGCUAUGUGUUAAGGCACAAACUCCAUGAUAAGGAAUGGGUUAGACAAGGUACUGAUCUGAGAAAUGACGUAAGGAAGUCCUUUAUUUAUUUAUUUUUAAUCUUGGGUGCCAGCCUCUGGUGUAGAUUGGGGUGUCAGACAAAAGCUCUUAAAUGCUGAAAUCCUAUGAGAGGCAGUGUGGUGUAGUGGUUAGAGUGGUAGACUAGGACCUGGGAGACCAGGGUUCAAAUCUGAACUUGGCCAGGAAGCUCAGUGGGUGAUAUCUGGCCAGUCACUGCCUCUUAGCCCAACUUACUUCGUGGGGUUGUUGUAAGGAUUAAAUGAGGAGAGGGAGAAAUGUGCGUGUGUUUGCCAUGUUGAGCUCCUUGGAGAGAAAGGUGGGAUACAAAUGCAACUAAUAAUAAUAAACAAUAAAAAUAUGUGGUUACCUUGAGGAAUCUCCGUUUGAACAUAGCGGGACUUACUUCGGUGUAAACGCACACAAGUUUGCAUUGUUAUUAGUGGGUCCUGGAGUUCUUGGCCUCAAGGGCAGCUGGGCUCACACAUCCUAUGUGGCCCUAGAAUUCUCACACAUUCAUAUGAACUUCUUUACCACACUUUAUUUCCAUCAGCAACGUCAACCUGCUAAUGGUUGCUCUCAUGCUGGUGUUCACAGUUCCCAAGGGAAGCCUCUACAGCAAACUUCAACUUCUCAGAUUGUAAUUUUUUCCUGGGGGUUAAUUUUGCUGAUGUUUACAUGUUUAGGCAGUGGUAAUAUUUUUUUAUAGCUGCAUCUCUUUUUUUUUAAGGGGGGACUGACUUGUGGGGUGUUUGGCAUAGGAGAGAGGAGGCUGCGACUUCUGGGCCUGCCUUUUGGAAAUUAAGAUUUUGCUGCCAAGUCCGGUGCCAAAAAAGCCUGAUUGUUUCCUUCCAGAAGUUUUUAUAGCCUCUUUAACACCAAAGCUCAUUUAAAAGUUUUAAAUCAAAGCCAGAGGAUAACAAUGGUUCUGAAAUCACAUCUCCUGAAGUGACUCUAUUUUCUUUUCUUAAAAAAAAAAGAAAGAGUUAAAGUAAUUUGCAUGCAUGCAAUCAACCCAACUCUUCGUGCCUGAAUAAUGAAUGGCCUUCCUAGCCCUGCUGGGGGGAAUAUCGUUCUUUUCUGCCACUCAAGUGUUCUGCUUAAUACAACAUUUCAACCUUGCAUCUCAGAGUUAUGCUUGCAAGGAUGCAAUCUGGACCUUUGAUGUCACAGUGUAAUGCUGGAGAACAAGAAGCCAUGGUGUCUUCUUCUUGUCCCACCCUGUCCACUUGCUUAUGCUUCCCUACCUUGCCUGCUGCAUGGCAUACCUGGAGUGCUCCUUUUUAUUGCAAGUAGGAGAGGCAGCAGAACUGGGAGAAUAAUGAGUGGGAAGAAGCCACUGCAGCUGCCUUGUCUCCAUCUGUGUCAUGCAAUCCAAAGAUAGAUCUCUGGGUUGCAGCCUGGUCCAAUAUUUUAAGGGUUGCUUAGUUGUGACCCUCCAGCUAUUGCUGGACUACAACUACCAUCAUCCCUGCUCAUUGGCUGUGGUUGAUGGGAUUUGUAGUGCAACAGGAUCCCAUUUUUUAAAAUUGAAAUACUCAGUGCUCAAAUAUUUUUUGCUAAAUAAAUAAAUGUUAGCAACCCCAACCCCUGCUGAAACCUGAAUUGGUACAGCCCAAACUUAGCUUUACCAUUUCAUUGUGAACAAGGGCCCAGCCUUUAGAGUUUCAUUCGAUUACAACAGGUCCCCUACCCCUGCUGUAUGUGUUAACCAUGGACUCAUGGUAUACAUGGCAGGUUCUUUCUUACUGGAGGUCUUCACGCAGAGACUAGACAUGCUCUAGCUAUGAAUUCCCUGCCUUGAGUCAGAGAUUGGAUUAGAUGAUCUAUAAUACCCCUCCAGCCAUAUGAUUCUCCAGUACGAAGAACAGCAACUGGCUCAGUCUUUUCUUCAAGGAACAUAACAUUUUAAUUUGCCAUAUAUAUUCUGAUAUGGGAAUUACUCUUAAGACCACCAUUUUCAGUCAGGCAUCCUCCAAGGAGCUUGACUUACAAUGUAAUUUAGUCAGAAACAAGUUUAUGUCUUUGUUGGAAACGGCGAAGAUUUCUCAGCUCCUAAUAUUCAUAACAUUUUACUCUCAUAAAAGUCCCUAGAGUCCAGAGAGGCAGGUUGUGUGUGUGUGUGUGUUUUAUUGAAAUUCCAACUAUGCCAUUCAAUAGCAAACAACAGCAUAUAAAAACCUGUUUCCAGAUGGUUAUACUUUUUUUAUAGAUAUCUGCAGAAGUAGUUUGACUACAACUCCCAUCAUCCAGACCUUUGACCAUACUCACUGAGGCUGAUUGGAGUUGAACAUCAUCUUCUUCCCCAUCACUGCUGCAGUAUAGCCACCAGUUUUGUAUUCAGAACUUCUUUCUCAAUGGCGGUCUUCACAUGCUACAUUUUUACUGUGUACCCAUUAAAUGCUUUUACAUAUGCACAUAUAAAGGCAAUGCAUGAAAACACACACAUGCAAAUACAAAGCCAUGCUUGUCUGGCAGUUGGAGUUAGACAUGGCUUUCCAACAAAAGUACACUUCAUGUUUAGGUUGCCAGCUUGAUGGCAUCUCAAACCUUAAAUUCAAGUGAUGGGGCUUAGUGAUGUUGCAUGACUUUCCAUUAUUAGACAACAAAAACAAAUCUGGUACCAGGUUGGAGGAAAGAAUAGCACUAGAUGCGAAGACUUGGAAAAAUUUAAAUUGCAAAUGUUUGUGCUCUGCUUAUCUAUAUCUAUCUAUCUAUUUAUCUAUCUAUCUAUCGAUCAUCUAUCAUCUAUCUAUCAUCUAUCAUCUAUCAUCUAUCUAUCAUCUAUCUAUCAUCUAUCUAUCUAUCUAUCUAUCUAUCUAUCUAUCUAUCAUCUAUCUAUCAUCAUCAUCUAUCUAUCUAUCUAUCUAUCUAUCUAUCUAUCUAUCUAUCUAUCUAUCUAUCUAUCUAUCUAUCUAUCAACUAUCUAUAUAAUCUAUCUAUUAUCUAUAUCUAUCUAUCUAUCUAUCUAUCUAUCUAUCUAUCUAUCAUCUAUCUAUCUAUCUAUCUUCUAUCGCUAUCUAUCAUCUAUCUAUCUAUCUAUCAUCUAUCUGUCUAUCUAUCUAUAUCUAUCUAUCUAUCUAUCUAUCAUCUAUCUAUCAUCUAUCUAUCUAUCUAUCUAUCUAUCUAUCUAUCUAUCUAUCAUCUAUCUAUCAUCUAUCAUCUAUAUCAUCUAUCUAUCAUCUAUCUAUCUAUCAUCAAUCAAUUGAUCUAUAUCUAUCAUCUUCUAGUCAUUUAUAUCGCUCCUUUUCUACCCAAGUAGGGUACUAAGAAAAGGCUGCAGAAACAUUCAAAACACCCAAAUCUUAACACAGCACAACAAAACUUAAAAACUGAUUCACUGCAAUUGACUCAGCUCUAUGUAAGAACCUCUCACUUGAUGACGACUCUAAUCAAAAUGCCAUCUCUAUACUGUUUCAGUUGCAUACAUCCCCUCCUUAGAUGUCUUUCUAUCUGUUACAACCAGCAGCACAAACACACUGGUGCUAGCUUGGAGAGAGAAAUUAAGUCCUCGUCUUACAACGACAACUUUCCACGUCGCUCAAGGAGUCAAUGCUUUUGAUUUCCAUUCAAGGCUCAACUUGAUAGGUAUGUCACUAUAAUUUGUUUUCUUGUAAAACCGAAAGGGACAAUCAGAAGUCUAAGAGUAUGUCUGCACUGUAGCAGUGGUAACUGGUAACCAUGUGGAUUGGUAGACUGGAAGGGAGCCUGACAGGAGGUAGAACCAGAGCCAGUGACAGGUGGAAGCACCUAAUUCUAGUUUUAUCUCCAUCCUCCUCCCUACUGGAGGACAACAAUGAGGUAACACUGAGACUGAGAAGGAGGAAGCUGGUAGAAAGGUGAGGAGUUUGCGAAUGAGUACCCCAUGCACCCUAAUGGGCCAGUGUUUAUUACAGACUCAACCUAGCAUAGCAGCCAUUUCCCCCGCCCAGGGAACCCUAACAAUAUCACUUUGCUAAAGUGGGCUAGGUAGAAAUUCACUAACGGCAACUUCAUUAAACUACAAUGCCCAGAAUUCUUUGGGGAAAGCUGUGACAAUUAAAUCCACAUAAUAUCAGUAUAAAUGAAUAGGUGAAGGCAGAAAUUCUAAUUUGAUUUGGAUACAGCACCCGAGACGAGGCACAUACAGAAAAGGGAUGGGAGGAAAUGGCUAUAAGGGAAGGUCGUUUUGAAAAUGCCCGUGAAUCCAGUUGUGGCCUGGCUGGUAAUAUUUCUCCUCAGAGAGAGGGGUCUAGUCCACGCAUAGGCAAACUCGGCCCUCCAGAUGUUUUGGGACUACAACUCCCAUCAUCCCUUGCUAACAGGACCGGUGGUCAGGGAUGAUGGGAGUUGUAGUCCCAAAACAUCUGGGGAGCCGAGUUUGCCUAUGCCUGGUCUAGUCUCCAAGUCUUCUGGCUGUUGGAGGGGGGUUAUCAUGUGGAAGGAAGUGUGAUAAAGUAUGGGAGUAAUUUCUGGGCUGCAUUCCACACAGUAAAGUGCAGUAAAUUGUACUGAUGUUGUAAAACAUGACAUUUACCUAGUGGUUGCUGCAUCUUAGAAGUCUUAAAUGCCCAGGGCUCUAUAUAUCAGGGUACUUCUGCCUGACAAAUGUGAACUGAUUUUAGAGAAAUACAACCAACAUAGGUUCCCCCAAGGAACUUUUGCAAGCUGUGCUUUAGUGAGCUCUCCGGGUAUACUAUAUUCUUAAUCCCCAAACAGAACAAAAAAUCCCAAGUGUUUCUUAGGCAGAGUCAUAAUUGUCCAGCCAAUUUAGGCUUAUGGUGGUCAGUUUCUUUCUCCCUGCCCCUUUGACUUAGCAUCAGCUCUACAGCCCACAAAUGCCUGGAGGGUAGACUUUUGAUUGCACCCUCCAAAAGCCAGGUGCAGGUGAUAAAGCGUAUAUUGCUGAUGAAACACUUGCCGGAGGAAGGAGUAUAAGCUUCACAGUGAAAAGAAAAUUCAUUAAAACAAAAAGCAAAAAAAAGUACAAAUGGAGCUCUGUUCUGAAUUGAUGUGAAGUGGGGUGGUAGGGAAAGGGGAACAAAGGGGACCUGAGGCAUUUGUAAGGAGAUGGAUAGACAGCAAAACCAAUAAAGAGAUGUUGUAGAAGACUGGGGAGGCUGCUGUAAAGAUGAGGCAACCAAAUAUAGAACAUAUGCUAAGACAGGGAUAGGGAAUUGGUGGCCCUCCAGAUGUUGUUGGACGGCAGAUCCCAUCAUCCCCUGACUAUCAACCGUAUAGGGAUGGGAAUUAUCAUCAGUGUACCCGUGUCACCUUGCUCCAAAAUUCCCAAUGGCUGCUUCUGACAGCUUCAUGUGGAUGCUAAAUAGCAAUGGAGACAAUAUACUGCCCUGCAGCAACCCAUAGCUCAAGAGCCAAGGGGCCGAGAAGCACUCAUCCAGUGCUACUUUCUGGAACUGUCCCUGGAGCAAAGACUGAAGCUACUGCAGAACAGUGCCCUCAAAAGCCAUCUCCUGUAGGUGGUCCAGGAGGAUACCAUGGUCAAUGGUAUCAAAAGCUGAUGAGAAAGCAACAGGAUUGCAUUCCGCCCUCUCCCUAUAGUGGUCAUCCAUCAGGGCAACCAAGGCAGAUUCUGCCCUGAACCUGGGUUUAAACCCAGACCGAAAUGGGUCUAGAUAAUCAGUUUUUUCCCGGAAUUGCCGCAACCCUGUCAGGUACUGUGCUCAAAAAGGAAGUGUUUGUGACGGGGUGGGCAUUUUCACCCCCUUCAAAGUGGUUGCUACUUGCCCCCCUUCAUGCAGAGACAUAUUCACUGCAGCCUGAACCCACCCAGUCAUGCCACUUAGGCUAGCUUUAGUCAGCAAUUGAAGGCAGGGGUUCAAAGGGCAUGUCAUUGUGUGCAUACACAUAAGUACCUUGUCAACAACCUCAGACUGCGAAAACUGAAACUGAUCUCAUGAAACAUGACUUGAUGGAGCAUUAAAAAACAAAACACCUUACUUGGGACUGACUGUAUCAGUCCUGGCAUCUAGCUUGCUACUGAGAUGAGCGGCUGUGUUCUCAAGCAAUUCCCAGUGAGUCUCUGAGGUGUGCCGGGCUCCAUGCAGGUGUCAACAGCCUAUAGAUAUAUGAUGUCACAUACAGUGGUACUUUGCGUUACAAACACCUCAGGUUACAAACUCUGCUAACGCGGAAAUAGUACCUCGGGUUAAGAACUUUACCUCAGGAUGAGAAUGGAAAUCGUGUGCUGGCGGUGCGGCGGCAGUGGGAGGCCCCAUUAGUUAAAGUGGUACCUCAGGUUAAGAACAGUUUCGGGUUAAGAACAGACCUCCAGAACGAAUUAAGUUCGUAACCCGAGGUACCACUGUAAAGGGAAGACGAACAGGGCUUGGCUAAAACACCCUCACAGGCCAAAUGGAGAGGCCUAACAGGCCUCUUUAGGCCUGUGGACCUGAGAUUCCUCACACCUGCCAAAGAGUGUCCAUUGUAGGACUGCACCAAGGUCUCCAAGACUCAUCUUUCCUAGUCUCAGCCAGUGUUCCCUUUCUUUGGCUCACAUUGGCUCCAUAUCAAGUCAAGCAGCUGCAAAAACAGAUUAAUUUUUAUGAAGGAAAUGAAUAGGGGGUGAGGGAGAAGCUGCAUCAAGGCAAUCAAAACUGGAGAGUGGAAUGGAAUCUAUUAAACAAAAAUUGUUUACAGUUGCUGCAACUUUGGCAUAUUUCUUUGUCAUGCUUGUAAAAAAACCCCAAUGUUUGUAUAAAUGAGUUUCAACUUUGUGACUUUGAACAGCGACCGCAGGAGUUAAUCGCCAUGUUUGCCUUUGGAAUCCUUAUGUCACGUCUAAGCCCGCCGGAGUCCUGGAGGGCCAUUCAGACAGUGUAAUCGCCGUCCGGUUCAUUACUGAGCGCAAACUGCUCUUCAGCUUCGGAAAGGAUAAGGUGAGCUUGGGAAGGGCCUGAGAAGCGGAGAUCGUUAGUCUUCCUCUAGGCAACGCUCCGGUUAAGAACAUGGAACCCAGAAGGGCACUAGUUUUGAGUUUCUCAAUCCAGCAGCUGCUCCACUUUGUAGUGUUCAUGACUAAGUCUACUUAACAUGGGUAGAAAUGGUCUCGUCCUUGGAAGGCUCUAAGCAAAACGAAGCUUCUAAGACAGGGGUGGGGAACCUCAGGUUUCGGAGCCAAAUGCAGCCUUUCAAGCCCUUCUAUCUGGUUCUCAAGACUCUCUCUACACCCCUCCUUCCCUAGCCACAUCCACUCCCCUCAGGCAACACCCCUCACCAACAUUGCUCUUCUUGAGUAGUUUUUGUGCAUGUAGAAAACAGCUUAUUGUAUAAAGGUAAAUUUUACAUUUGUUGAUCUGCACACUUUUGAUGCUGGUCCCACCCAGUACUGAGAAACGUUCCCCUCACGUGCGCUAAUAUAUGAAGGAGGCAGCUGGCCAUAUGAGUUCCAUCCUGCUUCUCUCCUAAGAUGAGAGCAGAUUCACAUCUCAAGUGAAAAAGGAGUGUUUCCUUUUCUUUAUGGGCUGUUACCAGGAAUUAAGUCCACUUAGUAUCUCUCAGGUCUUCUUCUUCUUCUUCUUCUUCUUCUUCUUCUUCUUCUUCUUCUUCUUCUUCUCCUCCUCCUCCUCCUCCUCCUCCUCCUUGCCUCUUGAAACUCUCUGGUUAGCUAUUCAUUGCCAAUUUUCUCUGUCCUGCUCCCCACCUCCUCUCAAUUCUCUUUGAAGGGCUACUUCAACAGCCAGUUCCCCAAGGUUAAAGAACACACCAUCUCCCGUGGUUGUAUUAAAUGGAGUCAUCUCUUUAGCACAAUGAGUUCUACCUGAGCAAUGGGACUUCCUCUCCUUCUCCUCUUCCUGCUCCCCAAAUCUGCUCCAUAUGGUUGCAGGAACCCCUAGAACACAUUUGUGGGGCACAAAGGGAGAGGAAAGGGGGAGAAAGUCCCACAGUAUAGGCAGAAGUCUUUUCUUUGCAUCAAUUGGACGACUUCAUUGGGCGUCAACUCCUGGAUUUUACCUUCGGCCUCCAGCCCACCUUUAGCUAGGCUCUCUUCCUUUCUGGUCUUGAGUUGCAAUGGCCUUCAUUUCACUGUUUCUCACAGCUAUGGCAAAUCCCCUUCCCCAUUUGCUGCAGCUGCCACCAGCUGGACCUGUUCUCUCUCCAAUCCACUCCAGUCUCUUCAUCCUUAGGGAUGCUGCCCUGAGGAAUGUCUAGCCACAACCACAAUGACAUUUAUUUUAAUACCUUAUGAAAUAACGAGACAUCUCUCCAUUGAAUCUUGUGUUUGGUUUCACUGAAAUAUCUAGAAUGCAAGUCAGCUUUUGCUGCCAUUUUAAAAAACAACUUAUCAACAUUUAUCAAAUUUUUAUUGCCACAUUUUUACUGGCUCUGGAUCAGUUAUUUCCAUUCCAGGAAAAGCUUCACCUGCUGCAUUGGUGUGAGGCUGUUUUUAAAUGCACAGAAGCAGGGCGAGUGGGAAAGUUUUGGACCUUAAGCUAAGGUCCUUCAUUAGUUGUGUUUCUCAUGCUAAUCUGAGCCUGCAGCCUUGAUUUGUGUCCAGUUAACAUGUCCUUAAAAAAACCCACAAAAAUCUAUUUCCCUGCCACUAAGCCUCUUAAUACAUUCUGUGACCAUUGUUUUGCCUGUAGUGAUUUAGCCCCCCCCCCUUUUUAAGGGUUUAGCCCUUAUUUUACUGCCUUUUAGCAUUCUUGACAUUAACAUGAAUCUGUUUCACUUUGAUGGAUGAAUGGGCACCUGAGCUAGUAGAGUUUAUUUACGUGCAAACCUCCUGCUCUGCUAGAGCAACCGCCAGCAUACUGCCAGCCAACCCAAAUGACACAUCUGCUACGCAGUGCCAUGUAGGACAAGGGCUGGAAUAAGAAAAGAUAAAAAGGCUUCCUUUGCUGAAAGCCUUGGUUUGACAGCUCAGGAAGAAAAGAAAUAUAGGCGUCCAUGAUUAGCUUGCACUUCACAUCAGAUAAGGCCUUGAUUUGGGGAGAAAACAACUAUUAAUUUUAAUUUGGUUGCAUCCUCAUAAGGAAACUAGGAUAUCUUUCAGUCCAGGGAUUUAAGAGUAAUGAUUUCUAAGAGGUUUUCCUGUGGGGGUAGAAAUGACCAGUGGGAAGUUUAGUAAACAGUGCAUGAAAUGACGUUGUCAAAUAGUAGUCUGUGGCUGUUGAAUUCAGCAUCACCACUCAUGGAGUUUAUCUCAUGUGAGGUAGGUUAGGCUUAGAGACUGUGAUUGGCAGGAGGUCACGAUGUGGGGCUUCCAUUGAUGUACCCUCCAAAUGUCCCAAUUUUCUAGUCCUGGAAUUAUGAAAGCCAUUCUGGCUCCUGAUUUGAUCCUGGAAUGUCCCGAUUUCCCCUGACAGCACUGCCACCGAGUUCAGGUAGAAGACGCCGCCACCACUGAGGCCCAUCCCUGCAUGACGUGCUAGCUCUGAGGGGCAGGCAGAGGGCAGGGCCACCCUAGGCGGGAAUAAAGGGGGAGUGGAGGGCAUCCCAUUGGUGUAGCUGUGAUGGCACUCAGCCUUAUUCUGAUAGGAAAUGCUCCGUGGGGAGGCACAAAAAUGGGGGGGUGGGGGGGUUCAAUUGGGAGGGGAGUGAUAACUCCUAGUGGGGUGGCAGCAGAAACAGAAACAUAUAGAUCAUGCUUCGGCACUGGGGGCGGAGAGCAGGCGGGGGCGUGGCUGGUGCAUGUCCUGGGAGCGUGGCAUGCCACCCGCAGGGGUGUGGCGCAUCUCCUGGUGGCGUGGCGCACCACCUGCAAGGGUGUGGCACACGUCCUGGGGGUGUGGCGUGCCGCCUGCAGGGGCGUGGCACCCAGCGCUGGGGGGGCAGCCACGAUGGCACCCCACCGGGAUCAUAGUGCCGGGGGCGGUGCGCUUCCCCUGCCCCCCUCUUCCUCCGCCAGUUAGCAUGCUCUCCAACAAUCCUCAGAUGAAAAUGUCCCUAUUGUUGGAGGGUAUGUGGACAAGACGUUUGGUUCUGAUUUAUUCCUCUCCUCCCUACCAUGCACAGGUCUUAAGGAUAUGGGACAUUCAGCAUCAGCUUUGCAUCCAAAGGAUUUCUGGUUCCUUCCCCAAAAGCCUAGAUUUCCAUUCCACGCUUUGCUUUGAUGAAUCCCAUGGGCGUCUUUUCAUCUCGUUUAACAACCAAUUGACAUUGCUGGAGAUGGAACAAGAUUCAGGCAAAAGCAGAGUUGCCAGUCACAGGAAAGCCGUUACAUGCCUCCUUUACAAUUCACUGCUCUAGCAGGUAAAAUAAGAAAGAAAAUAGAGCCCCUUUCUGUAUUUGUCUGAUAAGCAUUUCGAACCUUUGAUUCACCAUUUCUUUAUUGCGAUUUCAGCAAGUAGAAGAGAAGCACGGGGGGGGGGGGGGACUAUGUAAUACAAACGUGUAUUAAUUGUAAGCGUUUGGUGACUUUCCUGCAAAGGAUUGUGAGCAUUUUGGCUUCCUAAAGAGCUUUGUUUCGCAAGGGUGCAAGUGAAUUCAGUAUGUCUUAAGUCCAUGUACUUAAUCUCUGUUCAAAGAUUACUUGCUGGCAUUGCAAAUACCAUGGACAAUAAGUCCUAUUCUCCAUGCAUCCCUCUGAGCCUGCACCAAACCUACACCUUCCCAUACAACUGGGGUGCCCUGCAUGCUUCUUGUAGGUGCCUAAGCACAGCUCAAAACUGUGAAUCGAUGUAUGGAAGCCAUUGGGGAAGGGCUAAUGAGGGCAAUUUGCUCUCUGUUCUAUGAAUAGGCUGCAUAAACAGGGCUAUCAAUGACAACCUCCAUACCAAAUGAAGUUGUGAGAGGCAGGAGAUGGAGGCAGGCACCAUGUACAGUAUUUUAUUUGCUCAUUCUCAAAGCAGAUUUAUGUAGCCACAGAGGACUUGGUUAGAGAGCUACCAAAAAUGGUCUCAGGGUGUGUAUUGGGAAGGGAGUUGGCAAGCAGGGACACAGCCCCUAACAUGAAUGUGUGUAUGUGUAUAUACAUGUGUGUGUGUGCGCGCGUGCAAAUAUAUCAUAAAGAAAGGAACAAAAAUAUAAAAACAGAAAUGAUCUUAAACAAGACUAUUUAUGUACGCGUCAACAGCAGCAAGGAUGCUUUUAGCCUAGAGAUGGAUAAUAGACCAAGUACUGACCAGAGAAGAAUGGCAGACCAUGUUGAUGAACUAUGCUGGCAAAAUUGACGGGAAAGAUCAGAAAUCAGGAAGACCAAAUUUUUAUUAAGGGCUGGAAUAACUUUAUAAUGUAUCUUAGAGACCAAUGCAAACAGUUGAAAUCAUUAGCAGGAAUACAAUAACACUUGAAAAAUAACAUGAACUUUGGAUACUAUGGAGAUGUAAUAGAUAGAAUACAGUAAGAGAUGCAGGAAUAAAAUUUAGAAGUGGAAACCAGGGAGGGAGGUCCGGAGGUUCGAGAGAACAUUUUGGUGUCUUCUUUCUUUCUUUUUCCUUUGGAUUUGUUAUGUUUGUUGUUUAUAAUUAUUAUGUAAAAACUAAAUAAUUUUUUUACAAAAAAGAAGAAAAUAUAAAAACAUCACCAGGUGACAAAAAAAAUCUUAAUCUAAGCAUAAUAAUGUCCAAAUAGCUAUCUAUAGAGGUUAUAAGCCACACAUUCAAACAUAGAAAGGGCAGCCAUAGCUUCAGAACACUGAGCAGUAUGUAGUGGAUUUUUGCUCUUCCAGCUCUGUGCACCAUAAGGGCUCACAAUUCUGUUAGUCCCCAUGCCAUACGGAGUGUGUGAACAUCCACAGGUUUCUCCAAGACAAGGUUAACAUCCACCAUUAUUUCUGACCAGAAAGAAGACAUCAUAUGUGCAGCCAGUGCAGAUGUUGUAGCACAGGUGUGUCAUGCUGUCAGAGGUCUACCCCCAACAGUAGUCUAGCCAAUGCAUGCUACACGCUGGAGUUUCUGGGUGUGGCCCUUGUGCAGCCCGAAAUUGCACACAGCAGUAAUCCAGUUUCAAGGUUUUGCAGCCCUGCUUUGAAGUGGUCCAGUUUUAUCCAUCCCAGAACAAAUUGCUGGUGAACAGCUGUUUCCUGCUCCCAGUGCAGCAGAUGCUGCAACUGUGCAUUGCUCCAUCCCCAGUAUCAAUCCUAAGAACUAGCAAAAUUAAUAUGUUGCUGCUGCUGCUGUUAAUAUCUUCCUUCCAGUUGCAAAUUCACCCGGUUUUGAAAUCUUCCUAUGAAGUCACCUUACUGCACCUGCCAGGAUACUUAUAAAAUAUGCACACGGUGUAAUUAGCUGAGAUGUGCCUUCUUGCUGGCACAUUUCCCCAGAAGUGACUCUCAGUAUGGUGGCCCUGGAUCACAGUUAUGUAUUUCAUCACAAAAUGAAAUCAGUUAAAUGCAAUGCCACUUGGUAUGCAAGUUGGGUGUUAUUUGUCUUCCCAGCACUGCGGCCCUUGCCAUCAGAGCACUACCUGCAUCUCAAUGAAUAGCCAGGCUCAGAAGAAAAGGGAAAGACCCCUGUGAUUGAUUUCUCCCCCUCCUUUCCCCUCAGCUGCGCCCAACAGCAUCUUUUAAUCUCCAGAUUGAGAUUCAGCUAAAGCAAACAUAGCUGUAUGCUGUGGGGUGAUACAGAGCUAUGGGGGGGAUCAUUUACAUUCCCCACCCCUUUAAAAACACCAACCCCAUAAUCUUUCGUUUGAUUGUGUGCGAGUGCUUUGGAACAAAGCAGGAAUCUUGCUGCCCGUGAAAUAAAGGCAAUAGCUACCCUGAGCGCCAUCGCUGUAAAUCUGUGAUCUGCAGAUGUAGGACUCCCACUCCCAUUGGCCCCAGCCAGCAGGGAAAAUGUUGCGGGAUGGUUAGAAUUGGAGUCUCAACAAAAUCUGGAGGGCCGCAGGUUCUCCAUCCUUGGCUGUAAAUUAAGCACUAACUGGCUGCAAUCACAUCUACGCCUGCAUGGGAGUAAGGCUCCUGAAUGUGAGUGAUUUGGUUGCAGCUCCCCUUUACAGCUGAUACCAAAGGUACCAAAAUUUAUCAACUUUAAGGUAAAGGUAAAGGGACCCCUGACCAUUAGGUCCAGUCAUGACCUACUCUGGGGUUGCGGCGCUCAUCUCGCUUUAUUGGCCGAGGGAGCCGGCGUACAGCUUCCGGGUCAUGUGGCCAGCAUGACUAAGUUGCUUCUGGCGAACCAGAGCAGUGCACAGAAACGCCUUCCCGCCGGAGCGAUACCUAUUUAUCUACUUGCACUUUGACGUGCUUUCAAACUGCUAGGUUGGCAGGAGCUGGGACUGAGCAACGGGAGCUCACCCCAUCGCGGGGAUUCAAACCACCGACCUUCUGAUGAGCAAGUCCUAGGCUCUGUGGUUUAACCCACAGCACCACCCGCGUCCCUUUACCAAAUUUACCAAAGGUAAAUUUACCAAAGGUAAAUUUCACUGUGAGAACAGGAUGCUGGACUAAGUUGAACCAUUGGUCAGAUCCAGCAAGCUCUUCAUAACUGAGGGCACUUAUCUCCAGUUUUUCUACCACAGCUCUCUUCCAGCCUCCUUAUCUCAUAAGCUUUCGGCCAUGUGACAUUUUCUCUUACUGCUGCAUUGUAUCUGCUAACAGUGGUAUCUUUUGUGUCUGAAAGUGUGCAUGCGGGCGGGGGUGCGUGUGGCCUAUCUUCUCUGUACUUUAUCUUUCAAUUUUUAAAAAAAUCCCUUGGGGACACUUCCAGAAUGAAAGGUGUGAUUGAUUUUUAUAUAUCAAUGAAAAUAUCAGCUCAAAUGCACCACAAGGCAAGCAGUUAAUACAGCCUGCCUUUCUCCUUAAGUUUCAUUGUGAAGCGAAAGGAGAAAGAAGGACCCCCUGUGUCUAUUUACCAGGGAGCUGAAACCUUAAGGAGCUUGCUCCCCCCCCCUUUCCCUCCCCACACGUCCCCCUCUUGUAUAUCAUUUCUUUUAGUUUGGAAGCCUGUGGGGCGGGAUUUAUCUUACCACUGAUUUCUGUAGAUUGCAUUGGGAGCCUUUUUGCCUAAAGACUGGGGUUAAUGUGGUUCAAUAAGCAAAUAACAAAUAAAUAGGAUUGUUCUGUUGAUGUACCUGUUGGCACAGAUAAACCACGUCCGCAGGGGCCAGGGAUGAAUUGGAGGAAGAUGGGGUUAAAUUAGACAGAAGCCUCAUGCUGAGAACAUCAGGUCACAAAGAGGGGGGAGGGAUCAAGAGACUCUAGGGCUUGUUGCUCUUUGGGGAUUGACCAAAAAUCAUGCUUUGGAUUCCACAGAUAGCUAAUGCAAAUCACCAUUUGGUGGGAUGUCUGAACUGAGAUUCUGCUUUUUAUCUGAAUCGUCAACAAUGUUAUCUCACUUAGAUCACUAUUGCAGACAUGUAAGCGAUAUGGGCAACUGCUAUACAUCACUUCUUGGGUUUUGUUUUUUUUUACUUUUGCAUUUGAUUUAGCAGUGGGAGAAAAAAUUAUGAGCUUUUGAGAGCAGAUUAAAUCUGGAUCCACUGCUCACAGGAGUGCAAGGCUAAAGUACUUCAAAAAUUCAGUGUGGAGAUAGGAGUUAGACGAAGCCCAACUCAAGGACCAGUGCUAUUCAACUAUGUAAUGAAUGAGACCAAGUGGAGGUCAAUAAGGGAAUUUAGCAGACGUGUCUAAGUUGGACAAAUAUCAUGUAAGUUGGAAAAUAUGUGUACAGCAUAUGACAAUGCCGUGUUGACAUUGAGCCCUCUGGAACUACAAAAAAAAACAAACGAACUGUAAAUGAAAUGGUACUUUGGCUUGGUACUCGCAGUGAUAAAAAAAUAAGAUUUCUAAUUGUGCAGGUCUCCCUGAGUCUUAGAUCUUCCCAACCUUUAUGUGUUGUGUUAUUGUAGAAUGUGUCCCUGUUCCACUGCCUCAGAUUAACGAUUAUUUCUGCUGCGACUUCACCAGCAGGUGUGCAGGUGUAAAACAUUGCUGCAUUCAAUGCAUUACAGCCAUCACUGUAAUCUGAAAAGAGAUCUGUAAACUGCAAGUGUCAAUAAUGCGAUUGGUCAUGUAUUUUUGUACGAAUCAAGUAUUUGGAACCUGAAUUAGAGUGACAGCAAAAGUCUAAAUGUUGCUAAAGGAAGUUUUCAUGCAGAAUAUUCAAAUAUCCUGUUAGGAUAAAAUCCCAAGUGCAUAGGACAUGGGUAUUUUUAAAAAGAAGAAUAUUUAAACAGACAGAGGACCAGUUCACACAUUAGGUAUAUUAGAGGGCUUUUUUUCAGCUGGAACUCACCGGAACUCAGUUCUGGCACCUCUCAGGUGGGUGCCAUUGCCAUUACAGUCGUACUUUGGUUGUCGAAUGGAAGCCAUUCUGGAAGUCCGUUCAACUACCUAGGUGUGGCUUCCGAUUGGCUGCAGGAGCUUCCUGCACGCAAUCGGAAGCCACAGAAGCUGCGUUGGACGUUCGGGUUCCAAAGAUUGUUCGCAAACUGGAACACUCACUUCUGGGUUUGCGGUGUUUGGGGCCAAAAUGUUUGAGUUACAAGGUGUUUGGGAUCCAAGGUACGACUGUAUAAGAGAAUGAGGGAAGUGUUCAUUGUGAGUUCCGGCACCUCUUUUUCUAGAAAAAUAGCACUGAGUGUACACCCAGGAAGUUUUAAGUGUAUGGCUGUAUACACACUAUAUCUUUAAAGGACAUUCAAAGCACAUUCUUUACCUCAAAAUUCUGGGCCCUCUAGUUUACACCUUUCAGAAUUACAAUUCCUAGCAACACUUAAUAAACUACAGUGCCCAUUAUUCUUUCACGGGGAAAUGGGCUUUGAAUGGGCUUUAAAUGUAUAGUGUCUAUGAAAGUGAAUGUGACAAAUGCACGAAUCACACAUGUCUCCACUUCAGGGAGGUGUGACUGGCUAUUGAGUGUAUGCCCCAUGGGAAAUGCAGGUGUGCUUCUGCAUAAUGCUAAAAAUGUCCCUCAGUUUGCCAGUAGAGUCGAUUGAAAAUAUUCUGCACACACUGGCUGAAGGCAAGAAACAUUGAUAUUCCUAACUGGAAGCAUGGAAGAAGUACAGGCAAAUAGCCCCAUCAGAAGAUGUGCAGGAAAGCACAAAGGGUGGAAUUCAAUGUAGCACUAAAGAGAGCAUUUGAGCAGUGCAAGCACUUCUGGUUGUCCAGUGGAACACUCUCUCCUCUCCUUCUCUCACCUGCUGUUCUGGGGGUUCUUCCAACCCACCAGAGUGGAUUUGGGGGAGAUGCAGGUGCAGGUGCAUUCCACUAGCAGAAUGGGGUAGUUGAAUCUGCCCCAAAGAGCAGAAAUUAUGAUUCCGUUACAAAAUCAAUUCUUCUUCUUCUUCUUCUUUGACGAUCACUCAUAGCUGAGUAAGAUUGUCUUCCAUAAACACGGUUUUAACACGAUUGAGUCCGUGAGUGACUGUGGAGGCCAAAUCUGGAUCCACACGUCCUUCCACAGACACUGAAGACCAAUGCGGAAGAGGCUGUAGCUCAGUGGUAAAGCACCACAUACCCAGGUCCACUUCCUGGUGUUAAAAGGUUCAGGAUGCAGUGAUGGGAAGAAAUCCUGCCCUGGAGAUCAGCUGCCAGUCAGAGUGCACAGUUGUGGGUGAGAUGGACAAAUAGCCUGAUCUCUUAGAAAGUGGAUUUCUCUGUGUUUUAAUGUGUCUAGAUCCAGCCCUGAGCAUUGCAUAGCAUUGUAACAAUCAGCUGGAUGAAGCAAAUAUAUAUUAAUAUCUAUCUAUCUAUCAUCUAUCUCUAUCUAUAUCUCUACAUCUAUAUAUCUAUAUCUGUAUUUCAAUAUGAGUAGGAAAAUGAGAGUACCCUUAAACAUUUUUUAAAAGAAAAAAAGCACUGUAUAUAUGUGUAUAUGCCCCUUUCAUUAGUCAAAAUAUCUGAAAUAAAGGAAGCUGAAAAGUUCUCAAUGAGAAAACAGACAGGGAAGGGGAAAGGAGACGGAAAAACAGAAAUAGCUCCCUGCCAAACUCCCAACAGUUUCAGUUCUUUUUAUUCCUUUGUGCACAGUCUGCCGUGGGCAGAUACUCAGAGUGAGAACAAAAGCAAAAGUCAGCAAAAACGAAAUGAGGUUUUAUCUUUUUUCAGUAGGAAUUCCCCUACCCUUCCCUGACUUAAACCUGAACUCUAAAGGCAGACUUUAACAGCUAAAUCUUCCCAAAAUGUGCUCAGGCAUGAAUGUUGGUAAAUCUGCAGGUGUGAAUGGGAGGGGAGUCACUAAUUUGAGCAGCCAUCAAUAAUGCCUUACAGCCCUGUUUACAAGACAAGGUGGGUACAACGAAUGCAUGUGUUUGAAAAGUCGAGUUUGACUCAUUGCUGUCCCCCACCCCCCACCCCUGACAGACCCUACACAUAUAUGCAUAAGCUCUGCAUGUGCAGUCCGGGAUCCUGCUGAAAGCAGUACAGUAUCCCCAGUCACCCCCAAAAGCUUGUAUACAGAUUGUUCAAAAAGUCUCUUGAACAUGUUUAGGUGUGGGGAUGAUCCCAGACCCCCCCCUUCCUUCUAUACACCAUGUCACAUGGGAAAGACUGUUGCCUUUUCCCAAAGGAACACACCAUUCUACCAACCAAUGUUCCCCUCUACUUUGUGUGUCCCUUUUAAGGGAAUAAAUAUAACAAUCACACAACCCCAACAAGUCUAUCUGCUCAUCCUUCUUCAACCAAAGCAGGAGGCAAAGCAGGAGCAGGGAUCCUGUGUCCCUCCAGAUCAUCUUUUUGCUCUUUUGAAAGUCAUGAGAUGACUUUUCUGUUUUUAAUGUAGCCUCUAACAUUAUUCAUUUUUUGCUGUUGUGCAUUUUGUACAUUUACUUGUGAACCACUCUAGGAAUCUGAACCAAGAGUGGCGGGUGGCGCUGUGGUCUAAACCACUGAGCCUCUUGGGCUUGCUGAUCAGAAGGUCGGUGGUUUGAAUCCCCGCAACAGGGUGAGCUCCCAUGGCUCUGUCCCAGCUCCUGGCAACCUAGCAGUUCAAAAGCACACCAGUGCAAGUAGAUAAAUAAGUGCCACUGUGACGGGAAGGAAAACAGUGUUUCUGUGCGCUCUGGUUUCUGUCACGGUGUUCUGUUGCACCAGAAGCGGUUUAUUCAUGCUGGCCACAUGACCCGGAAAGCUGUCUGUGGACAAACACUGGCUUCCUUGGCCUGAAGCGAGAUGAGCACCGCAGCCCAUAGUUGCCUUUGACUGGACUUAACCAUCCAGGGGUCCUUUACCUUUACCUUAAAUGCUAUCAAUGGAAAUAAUAAAUACAAAUGUAAUAAAGCUGGUUGGGGUUGAUGGGAGCUGGAACCCCAACACCCAAAGAGCCAUAGUUUUCCUACCCAUGAUAUAGAGAGAUUUCCCUUUUACACCUGGCACAAUCUAAUUCCCCACCUAUAAUUAUCUAUUCCCCAUGAAUCCCUGACAUCCACCCAUAGGAAGAAACAGCACAGUGACCCUUCUCUCUGAAUCACACAGAAUAAAAGGAUAUAGCCAUUCAAAAAAACCAAAAAACCACACACACAACCUCUCACUGCUUCAUGCUGGGCCCAAGAAGUCAUAAAACAGCUGCGCUACUCUUUGUUGCUGACUCGAUGUUCAUAUCUUUCAGGGCUGCCAAGAGUGAGGCUCAGGCUAUUUCUUUCCCACUGCUUUGUAUUGUAACGACAAGUCUAACUAUCCCAGUUCACUCACUUUUUUUGGAGGAGACUUUCCAAUAUUACCGGUGGGCAGUGCUCCUGUUAUUAAAAGCACAUUGGGUUGCAAUUAAAAUUCCACUUGGGCGCCAUUUGUAAUGAUGGUUUCAGGGCUUUAGAGGAGCACUGCUCAUUUGAUAUGAUAAGUAUGGAGCAUAUCACUUCUUCACAAGGAAGAUUCAUUUAAUUACCAAAGUUGAAGGGCAGCAAACUUUAUUCACUUGCUUAGUCUCAGUUGUAAUGAUGGGUCUUUAAAAACCAUCCACCAAACUUUAAUAUGCAGGCAUUUCAAGUUACUUGCUGACCUUUAGUUGGCCAGCUGGUCAAAAAUGCACUCUCCAAAGCACAUCUAUGGAAUAAUGACAUAAUAUUUAUAAAGCAAGUAACAGAGGCAAUAUAGCAUUUCAUUGCCUUUGUGGUCAGAAGUGGUAUUGUGAUUAAAUGUAGGUAACUGUGCUAAACCCCUCAUUAGCCUAGGUUUGACUGCUAUAACAACCAUUGCUAUUGUAGGCUAGCAAACAACAUUUAUCUUGUGUUCGGAACAGACCUGUUUUGAUUUCAAAGGUUUAAAUUCUGCUUUUGAAUUUCCAGAUAAAAUGUCCAGUGCAGCACGUAAUAAAUCCAAAACACGCUGAAAACGCCACAACCGCUCAAAAGAUUAAAUGGGCUAGCAGCAGAAACUCAAGAGAUCAACACUCACGGAAGAAAAUAGGAAAACCAUGAUACUAUAGCAGCUGAAGCAAAUGACUCCUUUGUUAAAAUAGCUCCACUGACUACCAACCUGUUUCUGGGCACUAUUCAAAGUGCUGGUUAUGACCUAUAAAGGCCUACAUGGCUUCGGUCCAAGCUACCUGAAAGACCACAUUCCCUCAUAUGAACCUGGCUAGGUUUUAAGAACUUCAGGCGAGACCCUUCUGUUGGUCCUGCCACGUUCACAGGAAUGCUUGGUGGUGACAUGGGAGAGGGCCUUCUUGGUGGCUGCUCCCAGCCUUUGAAAUUCCCUCUCCAGAGAAGCUGGACUGGCUGCCUCCUUGUUGUCCUUCCACCAGCAAGUGAAGACUUUCCUGUCCCAAUAGGCUUUUUGGCUGACUGCUUCUAAUGAAAGGGCUUGCGUGUGCUGUUUUUAUUGUAAUUAUCUGUAUGGUUUUAAUAUUUUUAAUGUAUACAUAUAUAGUUUUGAUUCUAACAAUGCUUAAUUGUUUUUAACAGUUGCUUUUUUUUGUUAGCUGUUCUUAUUUUUAUCUGUAAGCUGCUUGGAGUCUCUGACAGGGAGAAAGCCGGGGUAUAAAUAAAUAUAUACUAACAAAAAAAGCACUCAAUGUAAAAGUUAGGGUUGAUUAAACUAAAUUAUUGUUCAGUUCAGACAAAUAAGAUGCCUUGAACCCAAAAGUCAACAAGGAAAUACCAGGCAGGCCUCUUUAGGGAGGACAUCCCAUAAGUAGGAAACCACCAAUUAAAAUUUCAUUGUUGUCACCUGCCUUGCGCCUGAAAGCAAAGGCAACCAGAGAAGGUUUUCUGAUGAGUAACUUAAUGCCAGGGUAAGUUAAUAUGGUUGUAGCCAAUAUUUCAAAUAACAGGGUCUCAAGCGAUUAUAGGCUAGUCAUUUUAUGGGGGGUGGGAAUGGAAAACUCAAAUUAAUUGCAGUAAAAAAUGUGGGUUUUCAUACCUCCCCCCAAAGGUAUUGCUUUGCUCCAGUGGAUCUUUGCCCUCAGAGAUGAGGAUCCAAGUCCCUAGGAGGUGUAAAUCUCUUACAACAACAACAACAACAUUUAUUACUUAUACCCUGCCCAUCUGGCCGGGCCUCCCCAGCCAGUCUGGAUGGCUUCCAACAGAAUAUUAAAUAAAAACACAAUAAAACAUUGAACAUUAAAAACUUCCCUAAACAGGGCUGCCUUCAGAUGUCUUCUAAAAGUCAGAGAGUUGUUUAUUUCUUUGACAUCUGGUGGGAGGGCAUUCCACAGGGCAGGUGCCACUACCGAGAAGGCCUUCUGCAAGGCCAGGGUUGCAGGCGCAGUGCAGACAAAGCAGGAUCAAACAUGGAAAAUGAGUCGAGGUCCAAAAUAUGAACCAGAGGCAGCACCGGACAAUAAUCCAUUUUCACUAUCACAGGGAGUUCGAACAAGGCACACCAGGGAAAAGAGAGCCCUUACUCGCAAGCCACACAGUGACUUUAGGUCCAUAGAAGCAUGCUGUAUCACAGCUCUCCAGUCUGGACCCAGGACCUUCUGGUGCCAGUGUUCUUGAUAACUGGGAGUGGUGGCUCCACCACCUCUAAGAGCUCUACAUGUUCAUUGCUAGAUCUCAACCCAGUGGAUCUUCAGCACAGUUUCCAGGGGACUCUGUCUCCUCCUUGUUAUAAGAAUUCUAAGGUUUCAUCUAAGGUUUCAAAUAUUAAAUACAUUCAUAAAUGUACAAGGCAAACACAUACAUAAGUAUAUAAACCACGUUGUCUGAAAUAGUAAAGGAGAGCAAUCCUGAAGCCAUUUUGACGCUCCCAAACUGACCUCGAUCUAUUUCUCUGCAAGGAGGGAGAAAAUGGGGAAAGUCUUCCCUUUGUCUUUUUGCUUACAAAGCCUGUCUUAAGGGCAUAUUUGUGUAUGAAUAGGGCGAGCCUGUGACCUGGAUUCAGGAACUAAAGUAUUAGCCAUCACAAAAGAAUGGCCAGGCUGCCCAGGUAGGGCAAUCACUGACCAUUAACAGGUUUCCUGGCAGACAGGAUUUCUGCUGUAGACCACCUCCUUCUGUGAUGUACGUAUGAUGUUUUGGGGCGUGGUCUUGAGCUACAGGGUGGGCAAUUUCAAAAGUCUAUAUAAGGGCUUGCACACCAUUGUUCUGGGUUCCUCCUCCCUCCUGCAUGUGGUGAGUGAGGACCAUGUUGCAACUGUUUAAUAAAGAUCAGGCUUACUAGCUGCUUUGCUUCUCAAUAUUCUCUGGUUGGCCUCUGUUACUUUCUCCUACCGAUAGGGAAGCUACUUAAGGACUCUAUAAGGGAUCUUGGGUACCCCAUAAGGGAAAAGGAGCAGUUUUUUCUUAUAACAUCCUCAAGGUCCUUAACCUGUGGGGUAACUGGUUCGUCCUCUGAGGACUCCGAUACCAUAUCCCCAAAUGGCAGCCUUCUCUCGCUUUGAUUUUUAGGUAUGUUGAGCAAAUACUAUUCUAGGUUGUAUCUAAGUCAUACUCAGAACAGACCUACUUAAAUCAGUAUACAAAUUUGUCAAGCUCAUUGUUUUCAGUGGGUCUUCUCUUGAGUAUGGCUUAGUUGGAUACAAUUCUCUGAGUACAGGCAGCGACCAUUUUACGCGUGUCCAACAUUGUGUGUGACCAUGCACACAAGCAUUGUACCAAACCUGGAAGAGACCCGAAAACGUCACAAGAACAUCAGGGAAAGGGGUAAAACAGGUUGGGAGCAUGGGCAGAAUGGGGCGGGUCUGCCUUACGUGGGCCAAUGUGUGUGGGGGUCCAGAAUGUAACCCCCCCCCACACAAAUAUGCCCAUGUUGAAAAACCAUAUAUUGCUUUUGUUGCUUGGACUUUUAAAGCUACAAGUUGGGAGAGGUUGUCUAUCCCUGUGCCAGAAUAAGACUGAUAGGCUCUGACUCUUCUGCAAUAAAUCACACAUGAAAUGGUGAAGAAAAGGUAAUUUAUGAGUAACAUAGCAUGCCCUGGACUUAAAGCUAUCAUAGGAGACUGAGCAUGAUCUGUCUCCAAAUGGACUUUCUUCCAAUCUGACCACACAGUUAAAAUUUUAAAUUAAAGCUAAUGCAUACUGAGACAUUUCCUAGAUCAGCUUUAAAGAUCCAUUACUCAAUGGAUCAAUUGCUGUGAUAAAGUGAGGCUGGUUUAUCUCAUGGCACUGUACAAAGCGCUUUGCCUGCUGCACCCUUAUAAUUUCAGCUGGAAAAUUCUCUGUUGCACUUCUCGCUGCUAAGGACACAUUGUCCCCCUCUGGAUUGGGGUAUUAUCUGCAGAAGGAACAAGUCACCUCUUUUCUCCCUUGAAUGAUAAUGGCAGUUAAAUCAUUAUUCUUUAGUUAAACGGAGCUUGCUGGGAAGGCAGGUAUUUAAGAUAGGAUAAGAAGCAGUCCAUAAACUUUAAUGGGGAGGGGGAGAUAAAUCUUCUAAUGAGUUGAAAGAAAGAAGAUGAGAAAAUCAAUGCCGACAUUUUUCGGAUUUGCAUUUCAAAUGUUGGCAAUUAUAUAAGUGAGGUUCACGUAUGUGUAAGAUUAUAGUAAUGAAGGUGUUUGUGUGGAAGGAGAUGCGGAGAGCAAACAAGCAAGGUUUUCAUUCCAGAAACUCUCUCCCCCUCCUUCUUCCUUAGGUAAUCAGCUCAGAUGCUGGAUCUACUGUUAUCUUCUGGCUGAUUGA